CGAGAGUCACGUGGGUGAGCCGCGGCUCUGGGGAGGUGUCGGCUGUGUCACGUGAUCCGGCCCCGGUCAAGCACAGGGAUGGAGCCGGAAGAGGGGACGCCCUUGUGGCAGCUGCAGAAGCUCCCGCCAGAGCUGGGCUCGAAGCUUCUUCACAAAAUAAUUGAUGGCAUUUGUGGUCGAGCUUAUCCUCUGUACCAGGAUUAUCACAGUGUUUGGGAUUCAACAGAGUGGAUAAAUGUUCUAGAAGAUGUUACCAAGUUUUUCAAAGCUGUAGUUGGUAAAAAUUUAUCUGAUGAAGAGAUUCUUCAACAGUUGAAUCACUUGAGUUCAUCGCAUCAAGAAUCUAUCAUGAAAUGCUUGAAAAGUAGGAAAGAUGAAAUCAAGCAGGUUCUGUUAGGAGAAAUAGUUGACAUUUCCUCUGCACAGCUACAAGAUUUUGACUGGCAGCUAAAGCUUGCCCUUUCUAGUGACAAGAUUACUGCUUUACACAUGCCACUUUUAAACCUUCAUCUAGAUGUAAAAGAAAAUGGUGAAGUAAAACCAUAUUAUGUUGAAAUGAGUAAGGAAGAGCUGCAGAAUCUCAUAAAUUCCUUGGAAGCAGCGAAUAAGGUGGUCCUGCAGUUGAAAUAACUGGAGAUGAUGAAUACCAACACUGUCAGAUUUCACUGCUGUGAUUGAUACAGGAGAGUGAAUACUAUCUUCAGAAACCCUGCAGUGUACUGACUGCUAUACCAGGCUGAGAAAGAAGCAGUGUUGAGAUUAGAAAGAUAAAAAUGUAUUAGUGUCUCUGAACAACAGGAAAUUACAUGGUUGAAAGGAAAUGCAUAAAAUGAAAGUGAAAAAGCUGCAGUAACAGUUUAUAUUUUCAUAAUGAUUGUUUUGUGUGGUUUACUAAAUAUUUGAGAAAUCUUUGUAAAUAGUUUUAUUGAAAGCUAAAAAUAGUUUCUAAACAUACAAAGCACAAAUGUAUUGAAUAUUGCUUAAAUAUGUGAAUAGCAAGGACAUGUAUUAUGGCUAUAUAAUAAAUUUGUGAAAUUUAAGUAAGUUUUUAAAAGAAUGUAUAAGCUACGUAUAUAACUCAGGAGAUUCCUUAUCUUUUUCAUUUCAAAGAAAAUAUGAAAUGUAAAAUUUCUUAGAGAAAAGCUCUUUAUCAGAUAUGAACAAGAGAAGUAUUGCUAAAUAUCUGAAUAACUCUGAGUUUACAAACUGUAGAUACUAAAAUCUAGAACACAGAAAAAGUUUAAGUAACAUUAUUACUUUUGCAUUUCCAUGUCUGAUUGGGAGACUAUACUCUGAUAAAAGGAAUAGAUGUCGUUUUAUAGUAUGUACCUUGUUAUAACUAUCAGGUAAUACUCUGCUGGUCCAUUUUGGUUAUAAAUUCUUAAUAUUGAAUUUAACAUUUUUGAAUGUAAUGUUAAAAAGUAGAAAAACCACUUUUAACCUCAGCUAAUUUUAAAAAUAAGCAUUCUGAACAAAUAAAAGUAUUAUGUCUUACUUUCAUGUAUUGCUUUUUUAAAAUGACUUUCCACAUAACUCAGUGGUUAGUAAUACAUAAAUAAUUGGUACCUACUAUUUGCAGGUACCUGCUAUUUGCAAGCUUGAAGCAUCACAUGAUUCUUAGAGCUGUCCAGAGCAGUUACUACCAUUCUCACCAUGCAACUGAGGACAGGCUUAGAGAAUUUUAAUAAAUAUCUGAGUGUAAUCUAAAUAGUGCUACUCAAAUGAGUCUCUACCCUAGUGCCAGUCUAUGAAAUGUUUGUUAUAGGUCAGUGAUUAGAAAAGCUUAGGCCAAAAUGUUUGUCAAUGCAGUAUGUUACUUUCUUUAUUGAGAAAAUUUGUUUAUGAAAACUCUCAGCUGAAGUAAACAGUGUGCUUAGUGUGGUUGUUGAUUUAACCCCCUGUGCGAGAUCCUUAUGUCAUUAUGGACUAAAACCAGUUUGCAGACCAGUACUUUUGAGUAGCAUUGAUCUGGAGAUUUCUUCUGAAUUGCAGUCUUCCAUGCAGAAUUCCUUUUAUAAGGAAAAAAUCUUGCUCUUGAUAGCCCCUUUCUCGCCACAUGUAUUCUAUUAGCAUGUUCAAUAACUUGAUUGAAAUCUGAUCAACAAACCAUGUAUUACAUUUAUUUGAAGUGUCCAAUUUGAUAAGUUUUGACAUACAGAUACCCGUGCAAGUGUUACCACAGUCAAGAAAGUGAACACUGGUAACUCCUGAGAUCUUUCUCUAGCUCUGUUGCAUCCUGCCCCCAGGAAGCAUUGAUCUGCUUCUUGUCACUUCAGACUUGUUGCAUUUUCAAGAGUUUAAAUGGGAUCAUACAGUAAAUGUAUUUUGUUUCCUCUGGUGCUGGGAGUUAAACCCAGGACCUGUAGAUGCUACACACAUGGUCUACCACUGAGCAUAGUUUGUAUUCUUUUUGAAAAAAAGUCUUAUUUCAGCAUCAUUUUGAGGUUUGUCCAUAUUGCAUAUAUCAGUAGUUCAUUCCUUUUUUAUUGUAUUGUUGAGAAGUAUCUUGUUGUAGUGUUCUGCCACAGUUUGUGAAUUUACCUGCUGAUAUGUUGGUUGUUUCACAUUUUGGGCUUUGACAACACAGAGAAUGCUCUGAACAUUGUUGUAUACAUCUUUGUAAGGACACAGUCUUUCCUUUGAAUAAAUAGAGUGUAAUGGUUGCAUUGUA